AUGUCUGCUAAGUCGAUCCUCGAGGCCGAUGGCAAGGCCAUCAUCAACUACCACCUCACUCGCGCGCCCAUAAUCAAGCCUAGCCCUCUAAAGGCCACCGGUCAGCACAAUGCUCCUUCGAAGCUGGCCUCUCUCUACUUCCCGGAAGACGAGCAGGUCUCCGCCAUCUUGGACCAAGCUGAGGCUACAUACCCGUGGCUGAAGGCUCCUGGUGCCAAGUUCGUUGCGAAGCCCGAUCAGUUGAUCAAGAGGAGAGGAAAGAGCGGCCUGCUUGCACUCAACAAGACCUGGCCCGAGGCGAGAGCUUGGAUCGAGCAAAGAGCAGGCAAAGAGCAGCAGGUUGAGCACGUGUCUGGCUAUCUCAGACAGUUCCUUGUUGAGCCUUUUGUGCCUCAUCCUCAGGACACCGAAUACUAUAUCAAUAUCAACUCAGUCCGAGAUGGCGAUUGGAUUCUGUUCACCCACGAGGGUGGCGUCGAUGUUGGCGAUGUCGAUGAGAAGGCGGAGAAAGUUCUGAUUCCGGUCGACUUGAAGAAAUUCCCUUCUCACCCCGAGCUGGCCAAGGCUCUGCUCAAGCAUGUCCCCAAGGGCGUACACAAUGUUCUCCUCGACUUCAUCAUCCGCCUUUACUCCGUCUACGUCGAUUGCCAGUUCACCUACCUCGAGAUCAACCCCCUGGUUGUCAUUCCCAAUGCCGAUGCUACCUCCGCAGAGGUCCACUUCCUUGAUCUUGCGGCCAAACUUGACCAGACUGCUGACUUUGAGUGCGGUGUGAAGUGGGCUAUUGCUCGCUCACCUGCUGCUCUUGGUCUGCCUGGCGUAAAGACUGACGGCAAGGUCAGCAUCGACGUUGGCCCUCCCAUCGAUUUCCCUGCACCUUUCGGCCGUGAGAUGAGCAAGGAGGAGAAGUAUAUCUCAGAUAUGGACGCCAAGACGGGAGCUUCUUUGAAGCUGACCGUUCUCAACUCUUCUGGCCGUAUCUGGACUUUGGUCGCCGGUGGCGGUGCUUCCGUCGUCUAUGCCGAUGCCAUUGCCUCUGCUGGUUUCGUCUCCGAGCUCGCCAAUUACGGCGAGUACUCCGGUGCGCCUACAGAAACCCAGACCUACAAUUACGCCCGUACAGUCCUCGAUCUCAUGCUGCGCGCUCCCAUCCACCCCGAAGGCAAGGUUCUCUUCAUUGGCGGUGGUAUCGCUAACUUCACCAAUGUUGCCUCUACUUUCAAGGGCGUCAUCCGCGCCUUGAGAGAAGUUGCGCCUGUUCUCAACGAGCAUAACACCCAGAUCUGGGUCCGUCGUGCUGGUCCCAACUACCAAGAGGGUCUCAAGAACAUCAAGGGCGUUGGCGAGGAGCUCAAGCUCGACAUGCACGUCUUCGGCCCUGAAAUGCACGUUUCCGGCAUUGUGCCAUUGGCCCUGAAUGGAAAGACCACCACAAUCCCCGAGUUCGGUACUGCUUGA